AUGGCGCCUCUAUUCAAUCCGAAUGAGAAGCAGAUAUCUGUGGCAUUCUCAAAUAAUAGAUGUCGAUCACCAAUGGCAGAAGCCAUAUUUAAACAUAGAGUUAAAGAAUUAGGUUAUGAAAAAUAUUUCAGCAACAUAGAAUCAUUUGGCACAUCAGGAUGGCAUAUAGGAGAGAGUCCAGAUUCAAGAUCAGCUAGAACUUGUAGAAAACAUGGAGUUCCUGUACAACAUCAUGCUCAACAGAUAAGUGGUAAAGAUUUUGAUAGAUUUGAUUAUGUUAUUGGAAUGGAUGAAAGUAAUUUAAGUGAUUUACGUUAUAUGAAACCAAAGAAUAAUAAAUCAGUUGUUGAUAUAUUUGGAAAAUGGAGGACUAAUGAAGAGUUUGAUAAAAUUGUUAGUGACCCUUAUUAUGGUGGUAAUGAUGGAUUUGAGUAUAACUUUAAACAAAUCAAUCAUUUUACAAAUGAAUUUUUAAAACAAGAAAUAGGUACUUUAGAUUAG